AGCGCAGACUGAUGGAUUUUACCCGGAUACCGAGGAUCAUCUUACACCGGAUAGAUCUCCGUCAGUGCUGGGCGUGUAAAGACGACGGGGUUCUCAAUGAGCUCAGCAACCUGGAGGGCAACUCCACUUUAGAAGAGCAACCAGCACAUCAACAGUUCAAAGAGGAAGAGAAGCAACUCUGCGUCAGUCAGGAUGAAGAGCAGCUUGUGCUGAUACAGGAGACUGAUGACAUUUUGGUGAUUCCUUCUAAAAUGCACAGAAUCCGCAAUGAAACAGAACCACAGAGGAACCAACUCAUCUCUCAUGGCUCUUCUGAAGAUGAGAACCAGGAUCAGGAAAAAAGCAAUUGUGAAGACUCAGGAAAAAAGAGAGAUAAAAAACAGAAACGUCAGAGAUAUCAGAAAACCAAACAGCAAAAAGGUAAAACUGAGAGUUCAAAACAGAAAACACAGAAUAAAGCUCAUCCAGACCAAAAACAAUAUUCUUGUAAAAUCUGUGAUGAAGCCUUUUCUCAAAGCAGUUCCUUGACAACACACAUGAGAACUCACAUGGACAAGAAGCUUUUCACAUGUUCAACCUGUGGAAAAAGCUUCCAAAACAAAUCUCAUUUGCUUCGUCACAUGAUGAUUCACACAGGAGAGAAGCCUUUUUCAUGUGUGACUUGUGGAAGAAGUUUCAUAACCAAACCUGAGGUAGUUAGUCACAUGAAGAUUCACACAGGAGAGAGGCCUUUCUCAUGCGAGACCUGUGGAAAAGGAUUCCGGUCCAAGCCUCAGUUACUUUGUCACAGGAGGAUUCACACAGAUGAGAGGCCUUUCUCAUGCGAGAACUGUGGAAAAGCAUUCCGGUCCAAGCCUCAGUUACUUUUUCACAUGAAGAUUCAUACAGGUGAGAGACCUUUCUCAUGUGGGACUUGUGGAAAAGGAUUCCGGUCCAAGCCUCAGUUACUUUGUCACAGGAGGAUUCACACAGAUGAGAGGCCUUUCUCAUGCGAGACCUGUGGAAAAGGAUUCCGGUCCAAGCCUCAGUUACUUCGUCACAGGAGGAUUCACACAGAUGAGAGGCCUUUCUCAUGCGAGACCUGUGGAAAAGGAUUCCGGUCCAAGCCUCAGUUACUUUGUCACAGGAGGAUUCACACAGAUGAGAGGCCUUUCUCAUGCGAGACCUGUGGAAAAGGAUUCCGGUCCAAGCCUCAGUUACUUUGUCACAGGAGGAUUCACACAGAUGAGAGGCCUUUCUCAUGCGAGACCUGUGGAAAAGGAUUCCGGUCCAAGCCUCAGUUACUUCGUCACAGGAGGAUUCACACAGAUGAGAGGCCUUUCUCAUGCGAGACCUGUGGAAAAGGAUUCCGGUCCAAGCCUCAGUUACUUUGUCACAGGAGGAUUCACACAGAUGAGAGGCCUUUCUCAUGCGAGAACUGUGGAAAAGCAUUCCGGUCCAAGCCUCAGUUACUUUUUCACAUGAAGAUUCAUACAGGUGAGAGACCUUUCUCAUGUGGGACUUGUGGAAAACGUUUCUAUCGACAAUGCAGUCUAACUCGUCACAUGAGAAUUCAUACAGGUGAGAAGCCUUUCAAAUGUACACACUGUGGAAAAAGUUUCAGAAACAGAAGUGGUUUAUAUCCUCACAUGACAACGCAUACUAAUGAGAAGCCUUACUCUUGUGGGACUUGUGGAAAAAGGUUUCGUCACAAAGACACUUUAACUAGUCACAUGAGGACUCAUACAGGUGAAAGGCCUUUUUCAUGUGGGACCUGUGGAAAAAGUUACAAAAUCAGAAACAGUUUAAUUGGACACAUACAGACACAUACUAGUGAGAGGCUUUUCUCUUGUGGGACUUGUGGAAAAAGGUUCAGUCAAAAAAAGCAUUUAACUUCUCAUAUGAGGAUUCAUACAGAUGAGAAGGCAUGUUUUUGUGGGACUUGUGGAAAAAGUUUCCGUUGGCAAAGCAGUUUAACUGUUCACAUGAAGACUCACACAGAUCAGAAGCCUUUCUUAUGUGGGACUUGUGGAAAAAGUUUUCGUUGCCAAAGCAGUUUAACUCGUCACAUGAAGACUCACACAGAUCAGAAGCCUUUUGUAUGUGGGACUUGUGGAAAAAGUUUCCGUUGGCAAAGCAGUUUAACUGGUCACAUGAAGACUCACACAGAUCAGAAGCCUUUUGUAUGUGGGACUUGUGGAAAAAGUUUCCGUUGGCAAAGCAGUUUAACUGGUCACAUGAAGACUCACACAGAUCAGAAGCCUUUUGUAUGUGGGACUUGUGGAAAAAGUUUCCGUUGGCAAAGCAAUUUAACUGGUCACAUGAAGACUCAUACAGGAGGAUCAGAAUAAUCUGACCCUCAAGUACCAAAACACACUAACUCACAGCUUGGAAGCAGAGUAAUUACAGCUGGGUAACAUUUCUAUAAUGUAGCAGCUUGGAGAAGAAAACCAGUUGAAAUAGGACGUUUAUCUAACAACCAAAACUUUCACUUUAUUCUGUCAGUUUCAUCUUUUCAUUUAAAAUGGUUUUUAUCUUGAAAUAACAAUGGAUGUGAAUGUUUUCAGAUUUAGACUUGUAAAGCUGUUAUUGUAUGGCUAUUCCUUAUGCUUUGUUUUAUUUCUUUAAUUUUGGUCAGAGGAUGCAUGUUAGCUGUAACUAUAUGAACUGUUGGCGUAGGUAUAUUUUUGGGCCUAAACAAUUCCUCGAGUGAUUUGAGUACCUCGAUUAUUAAAAUUCCUCGAGGAAAAUGUAUCUGCCUCUAAGGUUCAUUAAAUUGUAUUUUAUUAUGUAAUGCACCGUUUUCCGGCUGGGUCGUUAUUUGCAUUGCGCAGCACUCUCACUUCCGCCUGAGUUGUGGACGAACGCGAACCUUAGCAGCAUAAGGUCCAAUUUUCAAGUUCAGCCUGGGAGGAUUUUACUGAUUCAUGAUAAUGUCUGGGUUUUUGUGCAUCGGGGGACCAAUGAGCAUCCUUAAAAUGUCGGGAGCGUUCCCUGGAGUACGGCAGCUGUUCUCCGGGAGCUGCUUGUUCAGAGCGACCAGCACGGCGGGAUUAUUUAUACAUGUGAGCAGAUAGACUGAACACUGCGGGCGGCUGUGCUUUACACGAGUAGCUUUACGGACGAACCAGAAAAUAAAUUUCCUAUCAUCCCAGUCGCCACUAACGGGUGGCGUUGCAUACCUGGUAGAUGUUUGUGUGUGUGACGAACGACGGUGCCAAAUCCCGUCGUUGUGCUGAACGUAAACUAUAAAUGUCUGGGCAAUAAUACAUAAACCAAAAACUGGAGUAUAGACAUAUUUUAUAAGUGUAUUUGUGAGCCUGCCUCUUUAUUAUUAAAAUGAAUAUAAUUUCAGAUUCUUGUAUAACUUUUCUUCAGGUUAACUUGGAAAGUGAGUUAUUAUUGUUACAAGGUAAUUUUCUAAACUACAGAAAAGUUAUUGUUAGGGAAGUUCAAAUGUGAAAAAUUGGACUGUUGAUAUGCAAUAGUGAUACUGCUGUUAGAUUUACCAAUGUUUUUUUUUUUAUCUGACUACUUGAUUAAUUGUAAGAGUAAUCGAUGGAUUACUCGAUUACUAAAAUAUUUGUUUACAACAGCCCUAGUAUAUUUUGAUUACAUUUUUCACUCUAAAGUUGAAUCUAAAUAUAUAUUACUUUUUCAUUAGUUUCUCGAGUUUUUGAUUCAGGGAGAAAAUACUGUUGAUCACAUGAUGGCAACAAUGCAGAUGUUUCUACGUUUUGUUAAGUUGUGAUAAAACCAAAGAUGUUUUCCCUUUUUUUGUUAAAACAUCUGCAUCGACUUUAUUCUCGCUAAGUUUACUGUAAAUUGAAGUUGUAUUUUAUUCAUGUGACUUUUUUAAAAUCUAUAAAACAGUAUUUGUUUGAGAAUUUUUUUAUUGUUUAGGAUGUUAGAAAAUGUAUUGGUGAUAUAGAUUCAAUUUCAGAUAGAAAUGUGACCAGCAAAAACUGUUUCCAUGCCAUUCUUUUAUAAUAAAGUGUUUUUUAACCA